AAUAUGAUCCCGUGGAAGAGUCGGGUGAGGUUUACGAGGUGGGACGGGUCGAUAGGGAAACUCGCGAUACCAUCUAUCGUUUAACCGGUGCUCCUUAUCGUAUUCGUCUCGGCAAAAGAUAUCGCGUUGGAGCGUGGCUUGGAGGAGAUCGAAGAAGGGAAGAGAGAGAUUGGGAGAGAAGGAGAAAGGAAAAGAAGGGGAAAUCGAAUCGACUGGUUGCGGUGCGGAAUUAAUCCAACGUUAACGAGGAGAAGGAUGUAAGAAGAGUUUCCUCGGGAUCUGUGAAACGGUGUUUGUCAGUGAGAGAGCCGGAUACGCCGCCGGUAGCGUGUCUUUUAUUUUUCUCGGCUUCGUCCUUGGAGAGUGAAGUGUCGUGGAAACGAGAAGGAGAGAGAGAGGGAGAGAGAGAGGAGAGGAUUACAAAGGAAGAAGGGACAACGCGUGUUAAUUAAAGAGCGGGAGAUACCGGAGGGAAACGAACAGAGCCAGCCUGACAGUUGCGGCGCGUAGAAGAGGACAAAGCCGCGUAAGGAGCUCUGGCUUCCGUGGACAGCUCUGGCAUUCUCUGUAAACUAUCAUCCCAAAAAAAAAAAAACAAAAAAAAGACUAACACGCUUCGCCCAAGCAACUAACAAGCAUCGAAAUGCGAUCGGUCUAGGAAAUCGAAGGAAACUAUCGUCCCUCCUCCUCCCCGAACGAGCCAAGGGAAGAGAUCGUCGAGGCGAGCGGUCGCGUGGUGCUCGCUCGAGGGCGAAUCAUGCGAAUUCCUGAAAAUGCGCAGGACGAGCAGCAACGGUUUGAAGCUCGACCUGACGGAGAACACGCCAGGUAGCUCGUUGUCGAGGCUGCCCAACUUGGUCGAGCAUGCGGAGACCUGCCAAGCCUUGUCCACCGGAACCGGUGAGAAUUUAAGCAGCAAACUGCCGAACGUGGUCGAAGGCUCGAUGGACUAUGGUAGCGAGCGUAGAUCGUCCCGGUACCUCGAGUACCACCAAGACGCAGCCACCAAAUCGUCGUACCAGGACGGCCAGUCGGCCUCCUCCGGCCUGCCCCCCUACGAGCAGCAGCCCUACCACUCGGAUCAGUCGAAUAGGGGGUACGCCAGGGGGGGCUACGGCAGGGAGGACAUGGAGCGAUACGAGGAGAGAAUUUACCCCGAGGACGGCCUGAGGUACGAUCGCAGGGGCGAUCAGAGGACGGCGUAUCAGGAGUCGGACUUGGACGCGGCUUACGAGAGGGGCGAUGCCCAGAAGCUGAGCAGAACUUACCCCGGGGCCGAGGAGGCGGGGGGCGGUGGGAGGAGGUACUCGAGAGACUUGACCGACUACGAGUACGCGUCCAGAUACGCGGAGGAGACGUUGAAGCUCGAGGCGAAGAAGGAUCAUCACCACCACCAUCACCACCACCACCACCACCACUCGGGCAAGGUGUACGCGGACCCGACCCCGUCCAAGGGCUACGAGUCCGGGGUGAAGACGCACGACUCCGCUUACGAGUUGUCGUGCGCCUCGCAGCAGGAUUUGCCGGGCAGGAAGUACGAGGGCAAGUACCACUCGGUGAGCAAGAUGUACGGGACGCUGCCGAGGUACGAGACCGGCAAGUCGUACGAGGGUGGGACGAGAUCGUACGAGUACGAGGAGGAGCAGGCGUACGACAAGCAAGGGACGACGACGCCCUACGAUUCCAAGUACGAGUUGACCAGCUCCAAGAGCUACGAGAGGGGCAAGUACGAGGGGUCCUCGUCCUCGAGGGCCUACCAGGACAAAUCGUACGACCAGACGUUGAAGAUCGGCGAGUUGGGGACCACCUCGUCGUCGGGCGGUUACGGGAGGAAGGCGCAGGAUCAGGAGGAGACUGCCGCGGAGAAGAUGAACGGUUACAGGAAGAACAAUUUCGAGGCGUACGGCGUUUAUUCGGAUCCCGAGGACGAUCACGGGUUCCUGGCCGAGAAAAAGACUCCCCAGUAUCCGUACAAGGGCGUAGUGGUGAACGUCAGCGGGGAGUCGAGCGUGAUCGAUCAGAAACGGGCGAAAGACGGAAGGCAGACCGAGGUCGUGGCCAAUUCUUGGUGCAGGUUUACCAUAGUGCUGCUCUUGUUGGUACUCCUUAUCGUUAUCUUCGUAUUCGUCGCUGGAAUCGUCCUCUACCUGAACUAUAUGUCCUACAAACCGCAGCGGCCCACUAUCGAGGGUAAGGAUCUAAAUUUCGCCAGUAAUAACGCCGAACCUUGCGAGAAAACGUACUGUUCUUGGGGCGCGACGUGCGUCGUGUCGGAGAACGGAAAACCUUUGUGCCAGUGUCCCACGGAUUGUCCUUCGACUUCCGAGCCUGUCUGCGGCUCCGACAACGUGACCUACACCAACUAUUGCCAUCUACGGAAGAGCAGCUGCCUCGAGAGAAAAAGCACGCGGGUGAAGAAUCAGGGCGCUUGUGAGAUCAAGGAUCCGUGCACGAAACUGAAUUGCAGCCAGGGCUCGCAAUGCGUGCGAAGCAGGGACGGGAGCGAGGCAUCCUGCGAGUGCCUGGAAUCCUGUCCGAGUUUAGGGGAUCACGAAGGAUCGAGCCCCGUUUGCGGCACAGAUGGGACCGACUAUCCGUCUCUCUGCGAGAUGAACAGGGCCGCCUGCGCCAAGGGUGCCAACAUCACUAUGGCGUUCCAGGGGAAAUGCGAUCCUUGCGGCAACGUGGAGUGCGUGGAGCCGGAAAUCUGUCAGCUGGACGAGUCGAGGCAACCUGGCUGCCGUUGCGGCGAGCAGUGCGGCCUCGAGUUCGCACCGGUUUGCGGAAGCGAUGGUAAAACGUACUCGAACGAAUGCAGCCUCAGGCAGGAAGCGUGCAGAUCCAGAUUAUCCCUGAGGAAAGUCUACAAUGGCGCGUGCAGCUCAGGAAUCAAUCCGUGCGACGAGGCGAAGUGCGGCCCCUACGAGCAGUGCGUGAUCAACCGACAGGGGAUCGCGAGCUGCGAGUGCGGAGCGGAAUGCGAGCCGGUGAUGAGGCCUGUAUGCGCGAGAGGUGGCAAGACUUACACCUCGUUGUGCGAGCUGAAGAGGCAGGCCUGUUUGACGAGGACCAACAUCGAGGUCGCGUACACGGGUACAUGCGGCUCAAGGGGCCCCUGCUCCGAGAAGAUCUGCCAGUGGGGCGCGAUUUGCGCGGAAAUCGGUGGGACGGCGAUUUGCGAGUGUCCAACCUGUCCGGCGGAAUUUCAGCCGGUUUGCGGAGACGAUGGAAUCAGCUACGGAAACGAGUGUCAGCUUCGCCUCGAGGGUUGUAAACAUCGACGAGAGAUACGUGUGCUUUACCAGGGAUUGUGCAACGAGUGCGAGAAUAAGAAGUGCGAGUUUUACGCCGAGUGCAAGACCGACAAUGGCGGGGAAGCCAAGUGCGUUUGCCCGAGCAAAUGCGAGAUUUCGACGAAAGACGCCGCCCAAGCUGCGGAGAAGAUUUGCGGAUCCGACGGGGUGACGUACGCCAACGAAUGCGCGAUGAAAGUGGCCUCUUGCACUUCCCAAGCGCUGAUCACUGUCAACUACGUGGGCGAUUGCGAGCUUUGCGCGAGGGUCGAAUGCGAGCACGGGGCUCACUGCAUGGCCGGCGUGUGCGUGUGCCCCGACGAGUGUCCCGAGAGCGGCGGGGAGCCAGUGUGCGGCAGCGAUGCCAAAACGUACCCGUCCGAGUGCGAAUUGCAGAAGGCGGCCUGCGGCAGGGAUCCCAAAUUGCCAGUCUUGCACGUGAUAUUCUACGGCGAUUGCGGCGAACGAUUCGCCGUCGCGGCUCUCACCACGAUGUCGACGCCUGCGGUCGUUCGAUUGGCCACCACCGCGGUCGACGUGACCAGCACCCAGGUACGCGAAGCUUGCAAGAACAUUAACUGCGACUUCGAGGCGACCUGCGAGCUCGGCCCGGACGAUUAUCCAAGGUGCAGCUGCAAGUUCGAUUGCGCCUCGAUAUCCCAGGAAAAUAUGCGCCCUGUUUGCGGCAGCGAUCUCAGGACCUAUUCGUCCCUCUGCGCCAUGAAAAUGGAAGCUUGCCAGAGGCAGCAAGAGCUAAGACCCAGACCCCUAGAUCUUUGCCAAGGUAUGGAAGUGAAACCUUGCAAUGGCGAUCCCCCGUUGGUCGACGCGGAUGGAAAGGAGUACGAUUGCGGUAACGGCCCGGAACGACGAGAUUGCCCCAGCAACAGUUACUGCCAUCAGACGACGCGAUUGGCACGAUGCUGUAGAAAAGCCCAAGGAACCCAAGUCGUCAAGUGCUCGGAUUCCUGGCAUGGCUGCUGUCCGGAUGGCAAGACAGCAGCGCGGGGACCCAACGGUGCAGGUUGCCCGAGUUUGUGCAAUUGCAACAGGUUAGGCAGUGUUUCUGACACCUGCAAUCCAGAGACCGGACAGUGCGAGUGCAAACCGGGCGUAGGCGGCCUGAAAUGCGAUAGAUGCAUGCCCGGUUACUGGGGUUUGCCUAAAAUCAGCGAGGGCCAUCAAGGAUGCAUACCGUGCGGCUGCUCCCUUUUCGGCUCCGUCAGGGAGGAUUGCGAGCAAAUGACUGGUCGUUGCGUCUGCAAACCGGACAUCCAGGGUCAAAAAUGUACCAUUUGUACCGAUCACAACAAGAUAUUAACGCUUACCGGUUGCUACUCAGCCGACACGAUACCGCCGAUACCGACGUCUUGCAACGAGCUGGAAUGCUAUUCGGGCGGCCAAUGUUCGGAGAUCGGUGGCCCGCACUGCGUUUGUCCGUCGUCUUGUCCAUCGGACAUACCGUCCGUGCCGGUUUGCGGUAGUGACGGACAGACAUACGACAACGAAUGCGAGCUCAGGCUGUACGCUUGUCGCCACCAGGCGGACGUGGUCACGCAGGCCUUUGGCCACUGCAGAGACGAUCCAAUGGUGAACACGGACUUCCCCGUUAAAAGGUACACGGCGGUGCAGUACACCCAACCGGCGGCCGCCAUUUCACCUUUAUCGAAAUCUACCAGGCAUCUGUUGGUGCCGGAACCGGAUCCACGCUAUUUUUACACUCACAGGGCGCAUCAAGAAACCAUCACGAUCGACAGGGAUAAUUUAAAGCACGGAGUGGCAGCCGCGUACAGACCUACCCCGGCAACGAUCCGCGUGGUCACCGCUUUGCUGGGAGAUCUGUGUACCGACGACAAGGAUUGCACCAUCCCCAACAGCGAGUGCUCGAACGGGGGCUGCAUUUGCUCCGAGGGAUACGCGGAGACCAGCGACAGGCAGGAAUGUUUCGCUAAUUACGUGCCCGUUACACCGACCGAGGAGUUCCGUGCCUGCCUGUCGUAUCCGUGUCACGCGACAUCGACCUGCAUCGAUCUGCCGAGCGCCACGUUCGUUUGCAUCUGUCGGCCGAAUUACACAGGCCGAUUCUGCGAGGAGAUGAACAAAAGGGAUUACGAGGUGGCGUCGUUCGACGGUAAGAGCUACGUCAGGAUGAACAGAUUGAAGGCUUACCACAAGUUCAGCGUCGAGGUCGAGUUCAAGACGUACGCCGACAACGGGAUUAUACUUUACAACCAGCAGAAGAGCGACGGCACAGGGGAUUUCGUCUCGUUAGCUAUCGUCGACGGGCACGUGCAGUUCAGAUACAAUUUGGGAAACGGGCCCGUGAUCCUAACUUCCCCCGAAAGGGUCACAAUGAAGACGUUCCACAGCGUGGCGGCGAAACGGUACCACAAGGACGGCGUUUUGAUCUUCAACGACGGGGAGGACGUGGUCGGGCAGAGUCAAGGAAUGUUGAAAUCCUUGGAUCUGAAUCAAGACACGUUCGUCGGGAAUAUGCCCACCAAUUACUCCAAGGUUUACGAGAAUAUCGGGACCAAUCACGGUUUCCUCGGUUGCAUACGAAAGUUGAAGAUCAAUCGAAUCCACGUGGAUCUCCACGUGGGCCGCGACAAAGAGAUCCUGGAGACGUAUCGCGUGAAGGAGUGCGGGGAGAACGCGUGCGCCAAUCUCCCUUGCCAGAACGGUGCCACCUGCCAGCCGAUCUUCGAGGAGGACCUGUGCAACGGGCACGAGUGCAGGAGGAUCCAGAAACGGGGCAAGGGGAGGAGCAAAAGCGGGAUGAACAUCGUGAGGUGCAAAGGGACUCAUUGCACCCUGGUCGAUCGUGAACGCAGGUCGAAGAAGAACGCGAGGAAACGUUGCGCCACGUCCAAGUGCGAUUACGAUUACGAGGUCGAUUACGAGAACGGUUACGAGCAUGGAAAUUACGCGGUUGAGAAAUACGAGCCGCCCAAUUACAGAUGCAUCUGCCCGCCUCAGUUCACGGGUAGAAAUUGCGAGGAGUCUCUGGAUCCUUGCAUAGGGGAGCCUUGUCAACACGGGGCCACUUGCGAUAUUCUCCCCCAGGGUGGUUACGUCUGCAAGUGCCCCCCGGGGAGGACCGGCGAACAUUGCGAAAUACUGGAUGCGGAGUUGACGGAACUGUUGAUACCCGAAAUGUCGGGGGACGGUUUCCUCGAGCUACCAUGUUUGGAGGGCGUGGCGAAAGCGUUCUCUAUCGAAUUAUGGUUCCUCACGCACGCCAGCGACGGUUUGCUACUUUACAAUGGCCAGUUGAACAACGGGCGGGGUGAUUUCAUUAGUCUAAACUUGGUCCAAGCGAAACUCGAGUUCAGAUUCAAUCUUGGAAGUGGUAUCGCCAAUAUUACUUCCCCGGACCCGGUUACUCUCGACACGUGGCAUUGUGUUCGAAUCAGCAGGCUGGGAAGAGAGGGUGUUCUCCAAUUGGAUGAUGGAACGGUCGCGAGAGGUUUAUCGGGAAGUCCAUUAACGGAGCUGAACUUGGAAAUGCCUCUUUACGUCGGCGGUCUUAAACAUUGGCGAGAGAUUCAUCGAUUGGCCGGCGCAAGGACCGGUUUGGUAGGGGCGAUACAAAGAUUGAUGGUUAAUGGGAAAACUUAUCAGAAUCUAGCCGUGAAUGUUACACAGCAUAACACGGAAAUCUACGACGGCCUACCGUGUCCCAGCAACGAAAAUCCUUGCCACAACGGCGGAGUGUGUCUACCUCUGUUGAACAGUUACCUGUGCAAGUGUGCUACCGGUUACAACGGCCUUCACUGCGAAUUUUUCAUGGGCUACGACGUGUCGACGGAAUUAACGGAGAGGCCGGUCCGUUUCAAGGGUGACAAUUUCCUGCAAUUCAGGCACCGAAACGGAAGAAGUGUAACUAACUCGACUAAUACUACCCUCGGCGAGUACUUUGAGGAGUUUUCCUACUCCGACUACGACUUGGAGGAGGAUGUCGACUACGAUUACGAGAGUUACGAUUACACGGAGCGAAAGGGUCAACAGUCGAAUAAAUUCGAGCUGAGAUUGAGAACCACGCACCCGGAUGGUCUGAUUGCCUGGAUCGGAAGAGGAAAAGUGGAGCAUCUGAUCCUGUCGUUGCACGGGGGCCAAGUGCUUCUCACGUACAAAAGCAAAAACGAGCAGAUAUCGCUGAGAAGCAGGGAACGGGUGGACGAUGGCGUGUUCCAUCAAAUCAGAGCGUCGAGAAGGCGGAGAACGUCGAUGAUACAGGUGGACGACUCGGCUCCUGUCAAAGUGUCCACAGAGAUGACGUUGCUAACGACGAACGGCAAGCUUUUCGUGGGCGGGAAGCCAGGCCAUCGCGGAAUCAAAGGGUGCGUGUCGGACUUCGUCGUGGACAAACGCCGUCUUCAACUUGGCAGGCGAAGGAUCGAGUAUUGUCACGACAACGAUGUAUGAUAACGAAUCCCGGAAACGACGAUUGUCAACGUGACGUCGCCUCUGGCCACGCUUGUCGAGUGGACGACCCUCUUGUCCUCGACGAGUUAACACCAAGCCUGAAAAAACACGAGACAAAGACGGACGCGGGAGUGAGCGUUGGUGGUGUUCGUUUCUGGGUAAACGAGAGGGACGAGGAUUGUAACGAAAUGUAAAGAAGGAAGGAAGGAAGGAAGGAAGGAAGUGAAUUUCCUUGGAGGAAAAGCCAGAUCUUACCUAUCCACGUGGAUCCAAUAACGUAGCGAGCUAAUAAUAAUUAUUUAUUUUUUCGUUAUAGUCGUAGAAAGAGGAGAUUAUCCCGAGUUUCUAGAAGCUAAAGAAGAAUUAAGAGGAACGACCAGGGAAGAAACGAAAGGGUAUAAAGAGGAGUAAAGAAAAAAAAAAAGAGGUUCUCAUCUAAGGACAAUAAUAUAUUUUUAAGGUGACGAGAUUAAAAAUAUACAUAUGGAUAUACACACACAUAUAUAUAUGUGUGCGUAUGUAUAAAAUUUAACGCGUAUACGUAUAUAAACGGGGUGGGGAAGAGAAGAAUGAUUGUGGAACUCGGUUGACUCGGGCGACGGAAGAAGAAACAGUGGGGUAAGGGUAGGUUUCCGGGCGUGAAAGGGAUAUGAAAGUUAUACGUUUAGACGUUUUAUUCUGUAAGUUGAAAUAUAUCGAAGCACCUAUAAAUGUUUUACGAUGCCAAGACUGAUUAAUGAAAAAAAUUAAAAGAAGAAGAAGAAGAAGAAGGAAACGAAAUAGCGGGAGUUAAAGGAGAAAAAAAAUAUAUAGUUAAAAGAGAAGAAAAAAAAAAACAAAGGAAAAAAAAAAGAAAAAACAAAGCGAUAAAUCGGUGUUAUGUUUGAGUGUUUCGGUAGAGAGAUUUAAAAUGAUCGUGCAUUAUCAGAAUAUAGAAGAAUGUAUUUUAAUGGACUUGUUGAUUUACGCCAGUGUAGAGAAAAAAAAAUAAAAACGAGGAAAAUAAGUAAGAAAAAAGAAAAAAAAAGGAAAAAAAACAAAUGAAAAACGAAGAAAAAGAAGAAGACGAACGAAUAUGAUAUAUAUAUAUAUAUUCACAUGUAUACACACUUGCGUACACGGAAACACACGUAACACGCAUUAAAUUAUACGAACGCGCCGUACAACGUUGUUUCUAGGCAGGCAAGGCUUUUUACAAAUGCGCAAAAGAAUAGAUAUAUAUAUAUAUUAUUAUGAUUACUAUAUAUAUAUAUAUAUAUAUAUAUAUAUAUAUAUAUAUAUAUAUAUAUAAUACUAUUGCAAAUUACAUUCCAUUUAAUGGACACCAAUGCGACGAAAAUUUUUAGAUAGAUACCAAUGGAAUGAAUAUGUGGAUCGUGAUCAAUGUCUGGUUAAAUCGGAAUAUUAUAAAGAAUGAAUCGAGCUCAUCUCGCUCGAAGACACUCCAUUUCCGUUCGACAAUCAUCGACACACGCGCACGAGAAAAAUAGUUUCUCCCCCUCCCUCCCCCUCCUCGAGCAACUUUCUAAAAUGCUUACGAACCAAUAAAUCGUCUAGGAUCGAUUAUUAUCGUAUCGACGCUCGAAUCUUCGAGUCGAGUUCCUUCGUCCACGAUUCGAACGAUCGAUAGUUUAUCCUCGAAAUUGAUUCCAAUCGAUUGAUUAAAACCAUGGUUAAAACGAUUCCAACUCCUCGAAAAUAUAAUAAAAUUGAAGAUUGAAGAAUUGAUAAUAAUACGUGCGAUAACGUGUAUGUGUGCGUGCGUGUAUAUCUUUGCAUGUGUGUGUGUGUGAGUGUGUGUAUAUAUGAUCGAAGAACGAUCAACGAGAAGGAGUGUCUGAAUGAAAGCGCGACGUAUGGCUGGCCGAUGAUUUACCGUGAUCGGGAUCUGUCUGUCACACCACUACUUGUAAAUAUGAUAUAAUAUACGCCGAUUACGUACGAGUUGAUAUAUAUAUAUAUAUAUACACACACGUGUCGCUAUCGCGGGUAGCGCGAAGAAGCCGGUCGCGCAUAGCGCGCAUAAUAAGUCGGACCUAAAUGAGAACAAAUCUAACAAGGGCGACCUAAAUAUUAAUAAUAGCGAGUAAUAGCCGUAAUAACGAUUCAUCGAAUCGAGCCUUUUACGAAGAAGAAUUUUCCCUUUCCCCUCCCCUCCCCCCUUUCUUUUCCUUCGUUUCUUUCUAUUCGUCGCUCGAACGAAAACGAAACCAUCGCCUAUAUUCCACAAUACCAUCUAUUCAGUUUAACGCGUUCUUCCCCUUCCCCCUUCCUCUCCCUCCCUCCUAUCCCAGCCCAGUUAAUUAAACGAUCUCGACGCCGAACGACGUCGAGCAGAGGAGCCUAAGUUUUUUCUUUAUUUCUUUUUCGUUUAAUCGUUAAUGGCGACUGCCGAUUUGUCGCGGAAAGAGACGCUAUCGAAGAUUCUUUCGCUCGUCUCGUCGAACGUUUCCAGCGCCUCUGUUUAACCGAAUCGAAUAAUAAUCGAAAGUUUUCGUUUCAUCAAUGGGCGAAACGAUUAUUGAAAUAACGAGGAACGUCGAGGAUGAGAUACAUGUACAUGUACAUGUAUAUGUAUAUUCUAACUUUUAAGGUUCUUUUUUCUCUCUCUCUUUCUUUCUCUCUCUCUCUCUCUCUCUCUCUCUUCUUCUUUUUUUCGAAUGCACACGUUUUAACGCGAGAUAUGUAUAAUUUUUAGAAUCUAAGCGCGAGAUAUAUAAAAAUACAUAUCUUUGAGACAUGGAUAAGUUUAUACAUUUAUAAUAUUCGUCGCGUACCAAUCUCGACGUUUAAAUCGACGUGUAAAUAAUGAUAAUGAUAAUAAUAAUGAUAAUGAUAAUGAUAAUUAUAAUAACAAUAAUAAUAACAACAACAACAACAACAACAACAAUAAUAAUAAUAAUAAUAAUAAUAAUAAUAAUAAUCACAGUUUCUGUCUGGGAAUGUUCGACGUUUAAAAAGUAAUCGACGUACGGUAACUAAACUAAGUUCUAAGAGGAAAACGAGCGUUCGAUCGACCAAAAAACUUUUUCGCUUAAUCAUUUUAUCAAAGAUAACUCGUUUCCGGCACGAAUCGUCGGGUGAUUUUAAACAUAUCUAUUUUAUUGUGUUCGUUCGUUCGUUCAAGAAAUAAUAAAGACGCUUAUACAAUUUUUAUAAAACGAGCCGUUUUUUCCGAAAUAAUAAUAAUAAUAAUAAUAAUAAUAAUAAUAAUAAUAAUAAUAAUAAUAAUAAUCGUUAUGAACGUCUCUGAAAGCAAUCGUAUACCAUUUUUCAUAUAUGUUGCGCGGGAAAAGAAAAAAAGAAAAAAAAAAAAUUUGAAAAUGAAAAGCGGUACUCUCGUUCUCUUCGUAUAAUUAAGCCUUUGAAUAAUAAUCGGGCAAAUUGUUCCUCGUUAGCGAGAAUUGAAUUGAAUGAUCGCGAGCAAUAUCGUCACAUAUCCCUCCCCCUCCACCCUCCCUCCCUCCCUCACCUCUCUCUUUCUCGAAAAUGUGAUUCUUUGUAUUCUUCCAAUGAAUAUCGCUGUUUAACAUAUCGAAACGAAUUUGUGGCCAGUAAUAUCUCCUUUUCCGGGAGAAUGGAAAGGAAAAAGAUAAAAAGAGAAAGAAGAAGAAGAAGAAGAAAUACGUUUCAUUGUAAAGGAUAGGUUCAGCUUGUAUCAUACGAUUUUUGCUCAUAUCGAGAAUGAAGAGAAAUCUAUUUCGAACGUCGACGUUGCUUUCACGAAUAUACUGCGUUUUUAUAUAUACAUAUAUUUAAAAAAAGAAGAAGAAGAAGAAGAAGAAGGAAGAGGAGAAGAAGAAGAAGAAGAAAAAAAUUAGAUUUGAAACUUAUUAUUACAAUUAUAUUUCUAUCGAAUGUAUUUCAAUUUGUAAGGGUUAAGAAAAUGAAAUUCGUAGAUUUCGUUUAUAUAUUAUACGUAUAUGUAAGUUGAUUAUUAAAUUUUCGACUAUAUUUUAAGUUUUUUGCUACAUCGAAGAGGAAAGGCGAAAAGAAGAGAAUUCUAAAAUUUUUAAAAAUCUUAAUUUUAUAUUAUAUAAAUAUAUAUAUAUUCUUAUUGUCGAUCGCAAUUGUUAAACCGGGUUUCCUUUGCGGUUAAUAUAAAUUGAGACUAAACUGGAAUCCGAAUGUGUCCCGAAUAUUAAAAUUUAAAUAUGUUAUCGUAAAAAACAAAAGGAAAAAAAAAAAAAAAAAAAAAAAGAACUGGGAUGUACAAUGUGUAAUCGACGAAAACGGUACAAAAAUAAAGAUAUCACAUCUGAAUCGCUUUGAAAAAUCGUUGGUCGAAAUUUCACGAAACGCUUGCGUGUUUUUUUCUAAACGAAAGGGAAUCGUUGCGCAAAGCAGAGUAGCGAAGGAAAAAUUUCAAUCCAUAUGCCUGAGAAUCAACUGCCAACCUAUAUAAAAUAGAGAUCGCCGGAUCGAUGUUUUUCCCUCUAAAAGCUUCCCUUUAUUCCCGAGAAAAUUAUCAUCGUUGUAAAAUCUUUGAAAAAAGCGAAAGAAAUCCUCCUCGAGGAUCGAUAAGGGAGAAUAAAUCGAUUUCUUGUUCCCGAUUGUAAAUGCGUUCAUAAAAAACGUUCAGAGUCGUUUAUUUCUCAUUCGAACAACACCCAUCGCGACAGGGCGAUCGUCUUAAUCAGUUUUUUUUUUACUUUGAUACCGUCUUUACUGCGACCAUUCGCCGUUCGCUGACCUAAAGUAUUUGUGAGCUAUACUGUAUAACAAAGAGUACGCGUUGUAAAGUGACUGUAUAUACAAAUAUAAAUUAUGCGAUUA